CCCUCAAACGUAACUGAGCUUUUCCUCGGGAUUGGCUAAAAAACUUUUGAACACGGUAAAACGGUUUCAGCGGGUUAGUGGGGAAGGCAAGACUGCAGUAGCUAGUUCAAACGAGCUGUAAAGGAAAGUGGAAACUCUUUCAUUAUAGUACAUUUAAAUUCACGUCAGUAUGCGAUUGAUUUUACUUUAAAAAUUAACAGAGCAACGAGCAUCAGAUUACCCUGUCAGAGACCCGUAUAUCAAAGAACAUGAAUUCCAUACGAUCAUCUGUACAAUCCCUCAUGGAAAUGUUUUAUGACAAAGCACAAGAAUUCACCAGUGACAUUAAUAAUGUCCACAUGGUUUGGCUUGAGGAGAUCCAACAAGAGGCCAACCGCAUGUUCUCAAGAGAUUUUAAUGCUGAACCGGAAUUAAUGCCCAAAACGCCAUCUCAGAAAAAGAGUAGUCGCAGGAGGCGUGUAUCCUUGGCACAUCAGGAAGAAAAUCAAGCCAGACGAAGAUUUUCAAAGGGGAAGCGCAGUAACCUUCGUGGCUCCUCUGUCAAAUCACUGAACUUCAUUGCUGAAGAAGAGACAAUUCCCAAGGCUUCCACCUCUGAAGCUAACACCGACACACAGCCCAGACGCACCACUCGCAAAAACAAACAGACAAAGUCUGAGGUGGCCGGGGAUGUGAGACAGUCACGUGGCAGCUGUAAAACUGAUGAGGUGCAGAACAAGAAGCCGGAGCUUGUAGAGGAGGAAAAGGUGGUCGAAAAUGGCAAGGACAACAAUGCAGAAGACAAGCCGGACUAUAUACGUAGCACCAAGUCUCCACCUGCAAUACCUUUGCCCGAGGUUGCUGUCAGCAUCUCUUCAUCAGACCGGCUGUCUGCUGAGUUUGCUCAAAAACUGCAGUCUUCUCCUGGCCGCACAGCUGCUAAGAUUGCAAUAGCCGGCGCAGCUCAAAGCUCCCGGCGGAGCUCUGUACGGUGCUCCCUCAAGCUUCGUCACUCGCUGGCCGGUCUGCGACACAGUAUGACACAGGAGUCUGUUCGCCGCGCAUCACGCCGUUCCAUGCUUAAGAGGAAGGAGGCUCGCAUGGGCAACUCCACAUGUAGCAGCAAAGUUGAUGAGGACUCUUGCAUGGACUCUGCAGAGGAAGAGGAUAGAGAGGCCAUGUUAGACGCUGUUAGUGCAGACACAGAGGAUAAUGCUGCAGCUGAAGAAUUGAAGAAAACUCCAGAGAUCCAGAUUAACCAGAGCUUUCGUUCGUCCGUUGGGCGCAUUACUCGAUCUGUGGCUGCAAACUCGGCUACACUUGCAGACCGAUCAUUGUUUACCACUGAAGCAACGGUGAGCACUCCCAACAAGAAAACAGUCGCUGGAAAGUACCAGACUCCACAGUCAGGUCGCAGUUCACGCCAGAGUACCAAACGCAAAGCUCCAGACACUGUAGAGGAAAGUCCAACAAAAAGGCACUCUCCACCCAAGAAAAGUCAAAGUGCAAUUAGACCAAACAUGAGGUCUUUUCUCCACACUGUGCAGAAGAACCAGAUGCUAAUGAUGGCUCCAAAUUCCCUCGGCCGAACUGCUGUUAUGAAAUCCUUCAUUAAACACACCACUCCUCUAAAGAUUGAUCCAAAGUUAAGCGUUGGUAUAGUGUCAAAAGAGCGACACAAACUGGAAGCACUUAAGAAGAAGCAGGAGCAAGAGGAGGAAAGAAUGAAAAAAAUGGAGGAGGAGAAGAAAAGGAAGCAGGAUGAACUUAAAAGGAAGAGGGACGAGAGGCUUAGAAGAGUGUUUGAGGCCAAAGUAAAAGAAGAGCAGAGGGAGGAGGAAAAGAAAAAGAAGAUUGAGCAAAAAAUGGCUAAUAUUGAUGAGAAAAAUGAUAAGCGUCAGGCAGACGAGAAGGCCAAGAAGAAGGUGGUCAUUAAACGUCAAGAGGACCUGGAGCAGAAGAGGAAGUUGGAAGAAGAGGCUAAAAAGAAGAAGGUUCAACAAGCGGAGGAAGAGAAGCGGCAACAGGAGUUAAUGGCAAGGAAGAAGGCUGAGGAGGAGGAACAGCGAAUUCGUAAGCUGGCUGAGGCUCGCCGAGCGCUGGAGCUGAAGCUGGAGAGAGAGAGAGAGCUGGAGAAAGAGAGAGAGCGACUAGCUGCUGCUGAAAGGGAGCGAGUGGAAAAAGAAAAAGCUCUUGCUCUGCAACGGGAGCUGGAGAGAGCAGCGAGGGAAAAAGAGAGGAGAGAACUGGAAGAGAAAAGAAAGGUGCUUGAGGAAAAAAGACUGGAGCAGCAGCAGAGAUUAGCUGCAGAAGAGAAAGCUGCCAAAGAGCGAGAAGCUGCUGCUAAAAUAGCUGCUAAUGCACAGCCUCUUGUUGGCCUAAAUGUGACUGUGGAUAUUGAGCACUCAGUAAUGAGCACGCCUGUAGGAAAAGGUGGUGGGCUUAAUGUGACCGUGGAUAUUGAGCAAUCGCCACAAUCAUACUCUAUCACUCCAACGGGCAGCAAAAAACCUGUUCUGUCCAAAAGUACAGAGGAUUACGGGAUGGACCAAAACAGUGACGACUCUACUGAUGAUGAGUCUGCCCCUAGGAAAGCUAUUCCAUCCUGGGCCGAAGGUCACAAUCUGCAGCAGAUAAUUAUGAAGCAGUACUUCAACCCUCCGGAUUUAGACUCUUUCUUCGGAACAAUUGAACCACCAAAACUGGAAAACAUCUUUUACAAGAGCAAACCUCGCUAUUUUAAACGCACCAGCUCUGCUGUGUGGCAUUCUCCUCCGAAUGGAGGCAAGUGAUCGCUGUACACUGAUACUAGUUGCUGUAUAGAGUAUAAUCUUUGUUUUAAAGCCUGUUUUCCAAUAAAGUAACAUGUUAUUCUUGUUGUUUUACUGUGUUAGGUAAUACAUGCCUACAAGUAAAGGGCAUCAACCUUUUAGGAAUAUUCUUAGUAGUAUGUAAAAUAUCACGCUGAUAAGUGAAAUUGAUGCUUCACGCUUGGACUUGUACUUGAAAAUGGGUGUGUAUUAUAACUGAGUGGGAUGUGAACGUUUAAAUGUUUUUGACAAGUGAUCAGUUAAACCUUCAUUUGUAUAAUGUGUUUACCAACUGUAAAUUAUAGUAAAACUCUUAUGUUUGAUUUAUUCAGGUGCAUUAAAAUGGUUCAAG